AUGGCGAGCCGGAAGCGGGAACGAACGACCUCGAAGACAUCGCGAAGACUGGACGCUGCAGAAGAGCCUACAAAACGAGCGCGGCAGGUCGAUGCCGCGCCGGUGACACGAGAAAGGACACGAACGGAACCAGCCGUCUUACAACCCAUUGAUCAGAACCGCAAGCGCGCAGCGACCACUCAAGCUGCGACGAACGGCAAGACGAGCUCGGCAAACGCCAUCAGCGAGCGAGCCACCGACUGCGCAGGGCCGAAUGCGGUCAGAGAGACAGUUGCAGUCGCUGUUACCACCGAGCUCGAUGCCAAAUUACCUGCGAUCGAUGAAGACGAAUACCGUAGAGCAUACCACGCUUGGGUCAGCGAGCCCCUGCAAAGAGCGCGUGAUCUCAUGCGAGACAUUGAUGACGAUAGAAUCGACUCGCGUCGAGAGGAAAGAAAGAGGCUCAUCGUUUGCAUCACAUCACUCUGCACAGGGAUUGCCGACCUGUCGCGGGAACAAUUGCCCAGCAUGCCGCUCAUCGCGCGCCUGACCGAAGAGACCUGGACCCAAGACCUACAAGCAUGUCGCGUAGACAUCGCGGAUCUGGACGAGAUGGGUAGAACUCCCGCGAGGGCACCAAUGUUUCAUGCUGGCAUUGACCAGUGUGACCUAGACUGGCCGCAAUCCGCAAUCCUGCCGAACUUUUGCCUUUGCGAUCUGUGUUGGUUCGAUGAGGAAAAUAAGUAUCUCGCCGGUGAUGAAGAGAUUGUCGACAAAUUCAAGUCGGCUCACAUGAUAGAGCUGCUCGCUAAAUUAUCCUUCCUGGCGGCAUUCGUAGCACCCGAAGAGCUGUCAAGUCUCGCGCCUAGCCAGCCACGAGAAGACGAGGACGACGCCGUGCCUGACAUCCAUGUUAGCGCCGAGGCAGCACCCAUUGUAGACACUCCUGAGGAUGGGGACCCCGAUGAUCCUCCAUCGCACUGUAGAAAGCCGUCUACAGACAAAUUCGAAGAAUCGGACGAGUUGGCAGAAUCGUCUGUGGAUCCAAUCGAUGUAUCGAGCGAAGACUCUCGGACGGAAGAAGAGCUAGCUGCUGUCAGAGCAGAAUGCGAACGACUCGAGUUGUCUGUGCCUGUCCUCGCUCGAGACUACAAGAUCGUCGAUAGGCUGGGCGAAGGCACUUUCUCCUCGGUCUACAAAGCCCACGAUCUCCAAGCUCACAUAUUCGACAAUCGUCCCUGGCAAGAACUAGAUCCUGCGCCUCACAUCGCAGACGAAGCUGCAUACCGUUCCUAUCGUAAAGUGUCAGCACGGGCGUCUGUGUACGUUCCACCAAGGAAGCCGAUCUUCGUUGCCAUCAAGAAGAUCUACGUGACCAGCAGCCCCAUUAGGAUCUUGAACGAGAUGGAGAUCAUGGCCAUGUUAAGGAAAGCACGCAAUACUGCUUUCUUGAUCACCGCCUUUCGAAAUGAGGACCAAGUUCUGAUUGUGAUGCCUUACGAACGUCACCAAGACUUUCGACAUUACUAUCGCACCGCGUCGCUUGAUACCAUCAGGAGCUACACUCUGUGUCUUUUCCGUGCGCUAGCAGACUGCCAUUCCCGCAAGAUUCUCCAUCGCGACAUCAAGCCUGCCAACUUUCUAUUCAACAUCCACACAGAGCAAGGCACAUUGUGCGACUUUGGUCUGGCAGAAGUCUUCGAUCCUUUCGAAUGGAACGGACGCUGCUUGCAUUCUCUGCCUUCGCACAACGAGCUUCACGGUCACAGGCUCGAGCAGCAGAAAUCUCUGUGGUCCCAGGUCAGAGAGCAAAAAUCAGAAUGGGAAUUGAGCGACAAAACAGGCAAGAUGCCCUGGUUUCCGGACGCACAAAAGGACAAUGAACUGGAAACGGUUUUGAAGCUUCAUCAGGAGCACAAGGGCUUUCUCGAAAACCUUCAGAACGCAUACCCAGCACCCAAAUCGUUAACGAGAGUUGGCUACCUCAAGCCUGAUCGUGACAACAGACCUGCCGCAAAAGCCAACCGAGCGGGCACGCGUGGCUUCAGAGCACCCGAAGUUCUCCUCAAGUGUCCUGACCAGACCGUCUCUAUCGAUGUCUGGUCGGUCGGCGUAAUUCUGCUGUCGUUCCUAACCCGACGCUUUCCGUUCUUCAACUCAAACGAUGAUAUCGAAGCGCUCAUGGAGAUCGUCACUCUUGUGGGACGCCGUCGCAUGGAGAAGUGCGCUGAGCUUCAUAAUCGACGCUUCAUCACAAAUAUACCCAACGAGGCGCCAGCGCAUAAAGAUUUGCAUGCUCUCGUCAAGGCACUCUGUCCGGAUGUCUAUGUGGCUGCGAUGCAAGGCCCGCCGGAGUCAGCAGUCUAUGACGCGACAAAUCCACUCUACCAAGCUGUCGACCUCAUGGCUCAGUGCUUGACGCUCGAUUGUACAAGGCGGGUGACGGCGCACGCCGCUCUGCAUCACCCGUUCCUCUCGCAGAAAACGCAGAGCAACGAUGUUCUCGUCGCGCCUCGUCGAGGCAAAGGCUGCGAGAGAGACAGACAUCGCAUCUGCGAACGCCAUCAAGCAAGCAUCAGUUCCGCCAAGAUGACGUCUCGCGAGGAUAGCGUUUACAUGGCCAAGUUGGCCGAGCAGGCUGAGAGAUACGAUGAGAUGGUCACCAGCAUGAAGGAUGUGGCCAAGCUCAACCAAGAGCUCACAAUCGAAGAGCGUAAUCUGCUCAGUGUGUCCUACAAGAACGUCGUCGGAGCUCGUCGUGCUAGCUGGAGAAUUGUCAGCAGCAUCGAGGCCAAGGAAGAGGCCAAGUCGCCCAAUUCAUCUCCCUGGGUCAGCGCGAUCAAGGACUAUCGCUCAAAGAUCGAGAAGGAGCUCGAAGGCAUCUGCGAAGACAUCCUCUCCGUGCUGGACCAACAUCUCAUCAAGUCGGCCGAAAGUGGCGAGAGCAAGGUCUUCUACCACAAGAUGAAGGGUGACUAUCACCGCUACCUCGCCGAAUUCUCAUCAGGGGAGAAGCGCUCGACCGCGUCAGAGUCUGCACUCGAAGCUUACAAGGCUGCCUCAUCCAUUGCCAACGUCGAGCUGCCUUCAACACAUCCCAUCCGACUCGGUCUCGCACUCAACUUUUCGGUCUUCUACUACGAGAUUCUCAACUCACCCGACAAGGCUUGCCAGCUCGCAAAACAAGCAUUCGAUGACGCGAUCGCCGAGCUCGACACGCUGAGCGAGGAGAGCUACAAGGACUCGACACUGAUCAUGCAGCUGCUCAGGGACAAUCUGACGCUCUGGACCUCUGAUAUGGCCGAUGCAAAUGAGAAGACCGCAGCCAAGGCUGAGCCGGAAGCUGCGGCACCGGCGGAGGCAGAGGCUGCAAAGACAGAGGCGUCGUGA